AGUCACUCGCUUCUGUUCCUUGGAGCACACAGCACCAGCAGCAACCAUGCCGGAAGAUUAUGGGCUUUUCUUCCGGAGGGAGAGACACACGCAGUGGGUCCGGAGGUCCCUGCGCACUCCGGGCAUCCUCAUCUUCGGGCUGGUCAUGGGCCCCUGCGGGUGGGUCCUGAACCUGACCAGCACCGUGGCCCCACAGUGGAGGACCUUCAACAAUAUUCCAAACAAACCAUCAGAGUAUGUGAUCGAACAGGGAAUCUGGGCCAUCUGUGAAAGCAACACAGCCGGACAACAGAAGGGGUGCAGCCUGCUGGACGACGGGUACUUCAAAAACCAGGUGGUGACGGUGGCGCAGGGGAUGAUGGUCGGCUCCCUGGUCGUGACCCUCAUCGGUCUGGGUGUCGCCAUCCCGGGCGUGCGCUGCUGGAGGGAGAACCCCAACUGGGUCGUCUCCGCGAUCGCCGGAAUUCUGCUCUUCUGCUCCGGCGUCCUGACCAUCAUCCCCAUCGCCUGGUACACGCACGAAAUCGGCAACAUCACGUCGAUCUACAUGGUGUCGGGGACAACCAUUAAAGUGGGCUACUGCAUCGUCCUGGGCUACAUCGGGGGGAUCUUCGAGGUGCUGGGCGGCAUCGUCAUGACGAUCGGGAUCUGCCGCUGCUGCGGCGGCAGGAACCGCGGGGAGAGGCGGCUCAACGACGAGAUCGAGCGCCAGUACAGGCGCGAGCACCCGCAACAGCCCCAGCCCCAACCCAAACCCGAGCCGAGGCGCUUGGAGGUCCCGAGCCUGAGCCGGACCAGGAGCAGCGGGGGCAGCAGCGUGCCCUACUCCAAGGACUCCCUGGACGAUGAUGUGUCCUUCCCCAGGGCCAAGACCCCCGGGGCCCAGUCCGCAAACAGCACGUUCAACGGCAGACCCUAUGACGCAGACCUAUGAUCCAAGCGCACGAGGAGAAGUUUGCAGAGAUCAAACAGACUUUUAAAGUAUUGUAGUAAGAAGAUAAGAACUGAUCACCACAAAGUACCAAAAUAGGAAGCUGAGUGCCUGAAGCAGUGCAUGUUUUGAUCUUUUAUAAGAAACUUGUGACAUUAAAAAAAAUGAAUGAAUCAUUGGUGGAAACUGUUUAAAAAAAUGUUGAUUUAAAGUUCAUUUCUAUUGCUUUUGUGUUGCUGAAGUCAAAUCGAUCUUUUUUCCUUCCAUGGUUUUCAUGCACUUUACAAUGGAGGUCAUAUUGCAGUGUGCAUGUUUUACCCUUCUGCAGGUCUUUCUAUUAAAUGUGCAUUGUUUCUUCACAGUCUUGUUUGUUUGAUAAAUAAAAAAAAAAACUAAUUUAACUCAUCAGAAACAAAGCUAAAUCAAUCUGAUACG